UUGUGACAGUACUAGUACUACUACAGUAGCUCCAGAAUUUAUAGUCAUUACAGAAAAACCGGUCUAUAACGUGGAUAACGGAAAAUGUCUUCGAUACUCAGGACUUUACACAAACUAUCUCGCAUUAGUUUUAUUUCGAAUAACAAGAAUCUAGUCGUAAAUCCAAUAAGAACAAACGCUAACAUAGCAAACACUUUAAAAUCGCAAAAAUCUAAGAACAAGAAAGAAUCGGUGGAAGUUUUUAAAUGGAUUUUGUUGAUGAUUCCAGUUACAUCAUUCGGAUUGGGAUGUUGGCAAGUUUAUCGCUUACAGUGGAAGGUAGAAUUAAUAGACCGCUUACAAGCAAAAUCCAAUGCCGCUCCCGUUGAUUUACCAAACAACUUUGAAGAACUAGAAAACAUGGAGUAUCUGCCUGUAAAAGUUCGGGGCAAAUUCCUACAUGACAAAGAAAUAGCCAUUGGUCCUAGAUCUCUUAUAGAAAAUGAAUCUGCGCUAAGUAGAGUGGGGUCUCUCGUUUCUGAUCCUAAGAAAAAUCAGGGCUGGCUGAUUGUUACACCUUUUGAAGUGGCAGAUUCUGGGAAAGUGAUUUUAGUAAACCGAGGAUGGGUUCCACAGCAAAUGCGACCAAAGGAGAAAAGGGAAGCAUCCAUGGUGACAAAAGAAGUUGAACUUACUGGUGUUGUGAGGUUAACUGAAAAACGAGCACCGUUUAUGCCUAAAAAUAAUCCAGAAAAAGGCUCUUGGUUUUGCAGAGAUUUAGAACAAAUGAGUGAGCAUAUAGGCUGCGAACCUGUAUGGUUGGAUGUGAGAGGUAUUCCUGACCCUCCUGAAGGCUGGCCCAUACCGAAUCAGACACGAAUCACUUUGAGGAACGAACAUUUCUCAUACCUUGUCACAUGGUAUUCCUUAUCGGCAUUUACAGCAGUUAUGUGGCAUCGAUUUUUCAUUAGGAAACUGCCAUUGCUAUAAUUACUAAUUCCUAUUAUGAAUGUACAGAUGUAUUUAUUAACAAAAUGUUUUGUAGAUUAUUAUUUUUAAGAUAGUUUAAUUACGAAAUAGAAAAUAUUUAAGCAAUAAGCC